GUCAGCACUGACGGAAACGUCAACAACGAUGACUUUUGCCCAUCUGCGAAUGCAUCACUUGUAAAUAUUAUUAUUUUUUAGUUUAAGUAAAUAUAAUGUUUCGAUAAUGUCUGGCAACGGUUAGGGGUGUGUGAAAAGUGUCAGAUUACUAAAAAUCACGACUGCAACAAUGGAAGUGAGCAGUCAACACCUCCUCAGUAACGAGUACACGGAAGUUUAUCGAAGGCUGCCCCUUAAACUCCAGUUGGCUUACGGCGUAGGGCAUGUCUUAAACGAUGUGUGCGCGUCGAUGUGGUUUACGUACUUAUUAGUAUUUUUUCAUUUAGUUUUACAGUUCAGUAACUGGGAGGCAGGGUUUAUGUUGCUGGUUGGACAGGUAGCAGAUGCCGUGUCCACCCCUUUCGUCGGAUUCCACUCGGAUCAAACAGAUAAUUUCUGGCUGUGUCGGUAUGGCAGGAGAAAAACGUGGCAUUUAAUAGGCACUGUAUGUGUUCUAACAACGUUUCCAUUCAUAUUUGCGCCUUGCAUAAAUUGUACUGAUAGCCAUAAGUGGGCACAAAUUUUUUACUACUGUGUUUUUAUAACUAUAUUUCAAUUUGGAUGGGCUUCAGUUCAAAUUUCGCAUCUGUCUUUAAUACCAGAGUUGACUCCAAAUGAACAUGAUAGAACGAAGUUAACCGCCAUAAGAUAUUCUUUUACUGUAGUUUCUAAUUUACUAGUCUAUGUUAUAACUUGGGCUAUAUUGCACAUAAACAGCGGAGCUGAGUCCAAAGUAGGGCCAGGGGAUGCAGACAAGUUUCAACAUGUCGUGUGGACGGGUCUAGCUAUUGGGAUUGUUGCUUCCGUAAUUUUUCAUGUUUUUGUAAAAGAGGAGGGGGCUUUUGGGACGACAAAUGAUGUCAGGGGCACUCAGUUAAGAACACCCAUAAAGGAUUUGUUAAUGUCUUUGGAAGUCUAUCAGGUAGCGGUCGUGUACAUGUCCACCCGUCUGUUCGUAAAUCUAACGCAAGUUUUCAUCCCCCUCUACCUCCACGAAACCUUGGACAUGACGGCGAGCGCUCUGGCUCUUAUCCCCCUCAUAAUGUUCAUAGGAAGUUUCGUAACAUCGAUGACAAUAGAAAAAUUGAACCGGGGUUUCGGGCGCAGGCUGUCGUAUAUUCUUGGAGUUUUAAUGGGAAUCUCCGCCUGCAUUUGGAUCAAAUUGGGAUCUGGGGACCCAUUGAAAGCGUACCAAAUCCACAUAAUCGCAGUUUUGAUUGGUGCCUGCGGUUCCAUCACUCUUGUCACGAGUUUGGGGAUAACCGCCGACCUGAUAGGCGAUAAGACGGACAGCGGGGCGUUUGUGUAUGGUAUAAUGAGUUUUACGGAUAAACUUGCCAACGGCGUCGCCGUCGUCAUCAUCCAAGAUUUACAUAAAGAUCCGACGAAUAAAAGUUAUUACAGGGAUACUUUAACUUACGUUUGCGGAGGUUCCGCAAUUCUUGGCGCUUUGGCUGUGAUAUCGUUAUUAAAAAAAGUGAGAGUAGUUCUUUCCAGAUCAUUUAGGGUAUGAAAACGUUCCGAACUACAACAGUAUUAACUCAUCGGACGUACAUCCUGUCGUUACCGAAGAAAUACAACCGUCUCUUAUAUCUUAGCACAUGUGCAAUUAUAGGAAAUUUUUAUUUAUUAACAGAUAUAAUAUAUUUUUAUAAAGGCAUCGCCGAUGCGUUUCUACUUCAUGUCAAUAAAAUAUUUUCUGCUA